AUGUUGCAGAUUGAGGUUUUAGGAGGAGGUGGCAAGGUUUGUGUGAAGGACGAUGAAGUGCUUUGGGACAGGUUUGGCUUUCUAAGAUGUAGGGUAGCAGGGCAUAAUUUUGGUGUUUGGAUAGCAACUCAUGAUCAGGACGACGAAGAAACUAGCGCAGUCUCUGAUAACGAAGAAGCUCCUACUUAUCCUCCAUAUCAGAUUCCUUAUAAGGUGACAGAAGCUACUUCUAGCCAGGAUGAUCUACAUAUUUGUACUGUAACUGUUAACCAAUCAGUGGUUCAACCUGUUCAGUAUGUUCCUCGGUAG